CCAGGAAAGAGGACGAUUCGUCUCCCCGGGCUGCCCCAGCGACAGCUGUCAGAGGGGCAGGAGCUUCUGGGAGCCGCCAUCUGAAGGCUACGUGUGCCGCCUGGUCAUUCAAAUUGUCAAUUUUAGGUCCAGAAGUGUCCAAACCACAAGUUCUCAAAACUCUCUGAAAAAUGGCUCCCUCCGAAUUAAGCAAUUCUGAAAGGCAUUCUCUGGGAAAAGUCUGUGGAGAAGCAAGGGAUCUUCUUGCAAAUAACGUGGUCUCGGGCAAAGACGCAGCAUCUUGCCUGUCUGCUCAAAAAAUGCCUAGACUCUUGGUGGAAAUUGAGUGUCAAGCUGCAAAACCUCACAUGGCAGAUUGUCAUCAAUUAAGAGCGCCCGGACACCGGAAAAGGCGAUUCCCUGAGCGCUCCGGAGUUGGAGACAAUUCGGGGUUCAGUCUUAAAUAUCUUUGGAGCAAGUUCCAAACAAAUCGCUACAUGGAACAGCAGGGCAAAAGCCAGUAGAGGCCACGGAGGCGGUGGCCGCUGCGUGGGCCGCUCUACUUGUCCACUGUUGGCGGCGCCUGCGGAGACUGUCUGCGCGGGGCAGCCAUUGGCGGCGGAGCGUCACGUGACCGCGGGGGCGUGCCAAUGUGCGCCCUCACGGGAGUCAAGCCCCUGUCAGAGUGUGUGAUCAAGAUCGUGAAACAACGCGAUGCAAAAAGCGACCUACUACGACAGCUCCGCGCUCUACGGUGGCUACCCCUAUCAGGCAGCCAACGGGUUCGCUUAUAAUGCCAGCCAGCAGCCAUACUCGGCGUCCGCAGCUCUGGGCGCGGAGGGCGAGUACCACCGACCCGCCUGUUCACUCCAAUCACCCGCCAGCGCUGGGGGCCACCCCAAGGCGCACGAGCUGAGUGAGGCAUGUCUGCACACCUUGAGCGGGCCGCCCAGCCAGCCCCCAGGCCUGGGCGAGUCACCCCUGGCCCCGCCACCGCCCCAGGCUGCGCCCCCUGCCCCUCAGCAGCCUCAACCACCUCAGCAGCCCCCUGCGCCAGCUCCUGCCGCGCCCCCAGCCCCAUCUUCAGUCUCCCCACCUCAGAAUGCCAGCAGCAACCCCACCCCUGCCAGUGCGGCCAAGAGCCCCCUACUCAACUCGCCCACCGUGGCCAAACAGAUCUUCCCCUGGAUGAAGGAGUCUCGGCAGAACACAAAGCAGAAAACCAGCGGCUCCAGCUCAGGGGAGAGCUGCGCAGGCGACAAGAGUCCGCCUGGGCAGGCGUCCUCCAAGCGGGCACGCACGGCCUACACCAGCGCGCAGCUGGUGGAGCUGGAGAAGGAGUUCCACUUCAACCGCUACCUGUGCCGGCCACGCCGCGUGGAGAUGGCCAACCUGCUGAAUCUCACCGAACGCCAGAUCAAGAUCUGGUUCCAGAACCGCCGCAUGAAGUACAAGAAGGAUCAGAAGGGCAAGGGCAUGCUGACGUCAUCAGGGGGCCAGUCCCCAAGUCGCAGCCCCGUGCCUCCAGGCGCUGGCGGUUAUCUGAACUCUAUGCAUUCGCUGGUCAACAGUGUCCCCUACGAGCCCCAGUCGCCCCCGCCUUUCUCCAAGCCCCCCCAAGGCACCUAUGGGCUGCCCCCUGCCUCCUACCCCGCACCUCUGCCCAGCUGCGCGCCCCCGCCGCCCCCACAGAAGCGCUACACAGCUGCAGGGGCAGGCGCAGGGGGCACACCCGACUAUGACCCGCACGGGCAUGGCCUCCAGGGCAACAGCAGCUAUGGGACCCCACACUUACAGGGAAGCCCCGUCUUCGUGGGGGGCAGCUAUGUGGAGCCCAUGAGCAACUCUGGGCCGGCCCUCUUUGGCUUAACUCACCUCCCCCACGCUGCUUCGGCUGCCAUGGACUACGGGGGUGCUGGGCCGCUGGGCAGCGGCCACCAUCACGGGCCUGGGCCAGGGGAGCCGCACCCCACCUACACGGACCUUACCGCCCACCAUCCUUCUCAGGGAAGAAUUCAGGAAGCCCCCAAGCUCACCCACCUGUGAUGGUGGACUCGGGGCUGCGCGCCAGGAGAGUCCCCCCCACCCCCACCUUUCUUCUUCGUUUGCUUUUUUUGUUUUGUCUUAAGGUUCUCUCUCCCUGCACCUCCCUUUUCUCUCUCUUCCGCCCCUUUCCAUCCCCCCCCCCCGUUUUGUUUUCUUUGGUAACGCGUUUUUAUAGUUUAUGUGACGUAGCAAUCUUGGUUGCUGGAAUGGCUGUCAGUAUCAGUAGCGAUAUUUAUCUCCUCCCGCCCCAGCUCGGCCGCUGGCCCGCACCCUUUUUACCUUCUCUACUCUUUGAUCAGAAACAGGGUAUAUGAACAAAUUUUCUAGCCGAGUUCUUCAAUGUGAAUUUGUUCGUACAUUAUGGCUCCCGAGGGGAAGCAAUUACUUUUUUUUUAAUUUUAGUUUUUUUAUUGCACUUCUUGUAAAGAGCGAGAAAAAAAAAUCAAAGGCGCUUUGAAACAGGGGCUCCCUGUGUGAGGAUGACUAAGUGUACGUCUUUCCGUGUGUGUAUGCUGGUGAACAGUCAGAUUUAUUUAUAUUUUUUUUGCAAGCAUUGAAUAAUCUAAGUUUUAAAUAUUAUUUAUCCCCAUCCGUUGGUAUUUAUAUUAAAGAAAUUCUGUACCCUGGUUGUUCAGAAGGUUUCUUGGGCCUUUUGUUCAAUGGUGUAUUGGCAUACAUAGGAAAUUUUUUAUUUGAAAGGGAAAUGUAAUUUCUUUAUUAAAAAAACGGUAAUGAUGCAAUAAUACCAGAGAGGAUCCAGCUUUCGAAAACAGUGAUUUAAGUUUGUAACAUUCGGCGAAACUGAAGAGAACAAUCUGUAAACGCGAAAAAUGCUAGAUUUGUUUGGAGAGUUCUACAUUCCUUGCUGCUCACACUCUGAGAAACAAAACAAAAAAAUAAAUAAAAGUUUUUAUUCUGAAUAA